UGGCAAACCUAGUGGAUUCUUGUAAAGGGUGGCUUGGCCUUACCCUCUCUCUAUUUCCUUUAUUGCUGCCAGUUGUGUCAACAGAAGCAUAUAAAUUGUGCAACUUAAAGGAGUUGAGUGCAUAUAUAUAAAGGAAAGAGCAGCUCAUUGCUUCAUAGACAUUUACCGGAAGAUUCUUUAAGGGACAAAAACGAAAGAUGUCAAAAAUUUUAUUUGUGUUUCUUGGACUGACUGGAUUAUUUUCAGUUGGGCUAGCUCAAACCCAGUGCCUUCCACAAGUUAGGCUAAUCUCUGAUGUGAGGAUUACAGCAGAAGCUGUUGAUGAAAUUUGCAAUGCAACAACUGCAGAACUCAAUGAAUUGGCUGCUUCAAUCGUCUCUGAAUUAUAUGUGCCAGGCUCCAAUAUACCCACUGGAUGCACUGCAAUGCUACUAGGUGAUGCAUACUGCAAGGAAAGGAAGGGUAAAACCAAGUCUAAGUCCAAUACAAAAGAUGAUAGGCUUGAGUUUGAUGUUGCCAUUAACUGUACAGAGAUUGGUUCCAGCCCUUGCAUUACAAUUGCCAGUAGCCCCAAUACAUCAGCCAAAGAUGUUGAGAAGAUGUUUCGUGACUUGUUCAGGGAGAGUCGAUUCAGGAGGCCAAAUUUUUCUCGCUCACUGUCAGUUGAUGACAUGACUGUUUCUGUGAGGGCCAAGAACAAGAGGAAACCACAAGUGUUCUGUCAAGAUUCCUCUACCAAUGACACAACCAAGAGAGGAAGGGGAAGGAAAGGAAGGCCUCGCUCUUGUGACUGUCCUGAUUUUUGUGGAGUUUGAGAAAAGAGUGAAGAUAUCCUAAUUGGCGUUUCCAAAUACUUUUUAAAUACCAAUUUUAACUAUAUUUUUGAUAUAUUUAGAUCUAUACUGUGAUCUGUACUACGCCUUCUAUUCUAACACAUAAACUUUAAUUGAUACAAUUUUUGACUGUAAUACUUGCCAGCCAUUUGAAUU